AUAAACAACAAAAAUCGAUUCUUUUAAAAAAGCUUAAUGAUGUUUUAGCAGUGCCUGAAACUAAACUUUCUGAAAUCAAGAUUUCAGAACAAAUUACUGAAAAAGGAUGCUCUUCUAGACUAAGCAAUUACCAAUUGCAUUCAACAGUUUAUAAUGAUAAUAAGAGACUAAAGAUAUUAUUGAAUCCUCGAAUUUCUACUGAUGAUGUGGAUCAAAUUUAUAAUCCAAAAAGUAACAGUAAUUGUGGAUUCCAUGCACUUGCCAUUGCCAUUACAGAAAAUGAGAAAAAUUGUUAUCUUGUUAAAUUGGCUAUAAAUAAUCAACUGAAUAAGCAUAUGAAGAUUUAUAAGGAUUGGCUAGGCUAUAAUAUCAAUUUACUUAAACAGAUAUUAGAGUUUCAAGAAUUACCAUAUCCAUCUUUGCUUUGGUUUUUAUCACCUGAUUGUGCACAAUUGGCCACUAACACUUUUUCUGUUUCUAUUGCUAUAUUUAAUGAAAAGGAUGAACAGUGCACAAUGUUUUUUUUAUUAGAAUCAGUGCCAAUACAUGGAAGAAACCCGAUUAUAUUGCAUUUUAUUAAUGGCAACCAUAUUGUAUAUGUAAACAUGAAAAAUUAUGCCAAAGUAAAUUAG